UCUAUAAGAAUACAUAACAGCAAACUUCAAUCUGAGAGAAGUAAAAGAGAGAGAAAAGAAAUGGGUGAGAAGCUGAUUCUGCUGGAUCAUUUUGCUAGCUCGUUCGGAAUGAGGGCGAGAGUAGCGCUGGCAGCAAAAGGCGUGGCAUACGAGUACAGCGAGCAAGACCUGUUCAACAAAAGCCAGCUUCUUCUCGAAUCCAACCCCAUUCACAAGCAAAUCCCCGUCUUGAUUCACAACGGUAAACCUGUCUGCGAGUCUCUCAUCAUUCUUGAGUACAUCGACGAGGUUUGGAACAAAGAAUACCCUCUUCUGCCUCCCCAUCCCUACCAGCGAGCUCAAGCUAGGUUCUGGGCUGAUUACAUCGACAAAAAGUUGUAUGGUGCUGGAAGGAAGAUCUGGAGUACGGGCAGCGGGGAAGAGCAGGAAGCGGCGAAGAAGGAGUUGGUUGAGACUCUGAAGCAGAUGGAAUCGCAGCUGGGAGAGGAGGCCUUCUUCGGGGGCGAAAGGCUGGGGUUUUUGGACGUGGCGUUGAUCGGGUAUUCCAGGUGGUUCCACACCUACGAAAUGUGCGGUGGUUUCAGCAUUCAAGAGCAUUGUCCCAAACUCACUCAAUGGGUGAAGAGGUGUUUGGAGAUAGACUUUGUGUCCGAAUCCUUGACCGAUCCGGCUAAGAUUUAUGGCUCGAUGGUAGAGUAUAGGAAGGACGUGCUCGGCAUCCACACCCCCUAGUUAGUAAUUACUACUCCAUCUCUUUUGUUUUCUGUGGUUGAGAUCGCCCAACCACAUGUAUCCUUAUCUCUUCAAAUAAAAUGUACUACUCCUACUACUUACGCUCAAUAAUUGAAAUCUGGAAUUUCGAGAA